UUGGCAAUUUCUUGCAAACUGUUUGCGUAAAUUUACGCUUCACUGGUAAGCUGUCAUUGACAAACAGACAAAGGUGACAGAGGUGUUAGCAUCCAAGCAGUAGAAAUGAAGGGCCUUGAUCUUAUUUUGGUCGUCUUAUUAAUUUCAUCAGCAUGCCAUGUAAAUGGAACAACACUCAAAGCAACCUUUAGCAUGUCUGGCAUAAGAGGGACAGUUACAUUCACUCAGAGCUCUCCCAACACCUUGACUGAUAUCAAGCUGGCUCUGACAGGUGUAAAUGAAACUCUGUCAUGGCAGAUUCAUGAUCUUCCAGUUAUCUACAAGGGAAAUGCUGCCACAACGUGCAACACAGUUGCAUUAGGAAACUUAUAUGACCCAGAUGGUACAGCCACAGCUCAAUGCUCUGCGGCCCAAAAGAAGUCUUGUGCUGUGGGUGAUCUCAGAGGGAAAUUUGGGUUAAUUGAUGGUAAUAACAUGACCUCUGUGUUCCAUGACUCAAAUCUGCCUCUGACUGGGCGACAUGGAAUCUUUGGACGUACUUUGGUGUUGAAGACUUCAGAUGUUUUCAAAGCUUGUGCUAUUAUAACCAGUGAAGUCACGCCAACUACUGCACUUGCAACAUUCAAGAAACCAGUUGCUGGAACAGUGUACUUCAGACAAACUUCUGAGGUCAAUGGUACCCUUGUCUAUACCAAUCUUUUCUUUGUUGAUACCUCAACAUCCCUAAAGAGUUUUUAUUGGAAAAUAAUGGCAAAUCCCAUCCCAGACGACGAUUCUAAGGAAAGAUGUGCUAAUACAGGUGAAGUGUAUGACCCUAAGACCUCAGCGAACCCAGGGUGUUCUUCCUCUUCACCUGCAAGUUGUGCAAUCGGAGAUUUAUCAGGAAAGCUCGGCUCUAUAAACAUCACUUCAGCAACUAGUGGUCUAUCUAGCACUCAGGAAGCAUUCACAGAUGUGUUCCUACCCCUCACUGGCAGUGAUUCUAUCAUUGGACAUUUAUUGGUGCUGUAUAACCAAGCUAACGAAGCAGUGGCAUGUGCAGACAUAUUGAAAAUUCUUCCGAGAAAAGCAAAGGCAAAGUUUCAGGACAGUGCUAAUGAUGGGGUGUCUGGAAGUUUCAUGUUCUCUCAAGUCUCACCAUUUGAUCCAACACAUGUGGCAAUCAACAUCAGGAAUCUGCGCAGUGAAGCUGAGGGUUAUCACAUUCAUGAGUACCCUAAUCCAUCUUAUAAAGGCAUCACAGGGACCGAGGCAUGCAGUCUGAAGAAUGCUGGGGACCACCUUAACCCCUAUGGAAUUGUGCCAGCCAAUAGUCCAGCUAAUGGGACAGGAACAGAUGAUCAGUAUGAAAUUGGGGAUCUGUCAGGCAAGUUUGGUUCUUUCUUGAAUCGAAAUAACUACGUGGGUAAUUACUCGGACUACAACCUUCCUUUAUUCGGCCGAUACAGCCCUAUAGGGAGAUCUGUGGUGAUUCACAAGCUGAUAAAAGAUGGCAACAAACGCUGGGUUUGUAGCAAUAUCGAGCUGGAUAUGCCUGACACGUACAAGUUGGAGACAAACAGUAAUUACACUGAACCAGAAGUCAUUGGACACAUCUUGAUGACACAGUAUCGCAGCACACAAGCAAACGCCGCUCCUUUAGACACUGCGAUUUACCUUGACCUAAAGCUUAAAGAUGGUGCAAAGACGACCGAUCAUAACUGGCAUGUCCAUGAGAAACCUGUGGGUGACGAUAUGACGAAGCCUGUUGAUGAUGGCCGGUGCAGCAGCCUUGGACCACACUAUAAUCCCUACAAUGUGGAUGUGGAGGGUAACUACAAAGCAACGUGCUCUGGUUCAAACCCAUUACGAUGUGAGUUGGGCGACUUGUCUGCCAAACACGAGAGGUACAACAUGGGGUCAGGACCACGAUUCUACACUGACAUCGACUCACCUCUGCUAGGUUUUGAAAAUGUUGUAGGUCGGGGUUUGAUAGUCCACGUUAAGGGGGGUACACUGCCUCGUCUGGGCUGUGCCGAUAUUGUGCCAGACAAACGUCUUUAUACAGAACUUAGCCUAGAGUUCUACGAGUCAUCGCCCUUCUCCACGAAAGACUUCACUAUUCGGCUUGGAGCCGUGUUGAACGUACCAAGUUGGCGGAUUACGUAUGUCAGGAAGACCAUGGGCAAGGCAGCCAAGUGCUCCAAGGUCGUGUUUGGGGUUGUGGGCGGUGGAGAUGAAAUAGCUCAGAAGUUAAAUGACAUAAUAAUCAAGUCCCCAGAUGUGUUGGAAAAUUAUAAGCCAUCCAACCUUUGUGGAUCACCGUCUGGAUCGGCUGUGACACAAAUAAACUCUACACUCAUUGCGGUUACUAUGGCAAUAAUUCUUCUAUUCUGGCAAUGCUGAGUGAAGUUACACAUGAAGUGGGGAGUUGUAGAAAACCACCAGAAUCACAGUCACCAUUGCAUCAUCCUAGAAUCUUUAUCAUCCGGCAUCAUAUUCGUCUUCAUCGUAGUUGAUUAUUACUUGUUGAUAAAGUUGUUGUCGUGAAUGUUUUAAAUGAUAUGUGUAUGUUAAUCAGGCCCUUAGCCAGGGGGGUUUCGGAAAAAUUAUCCCACUCGCCCAAGACUAAAAUCGUUCAAAUUGGUGAUAAAAGCAUGAAACUUUCACAGAUUACUAAUGGACCCUAGGGUUUUAAAAUGCGAUAUAGUGUCAAGCCAAUUUGUGUCUUGGGAGCCAUGAACUGCGCAUGCCCAAAAUCCAGCAACAUUAAAACGAGGCUGAGCAUAAAAAUCCCACUAAAUUGUAUUUAUUUACAUGUUUUGUGUAGAUAAUGCAUCAGAAUGAUUAAAUGAGCGAUUUUGAUCAA